CACUAUAUAUAACUAGCUGUAUAUAGGAUCAAACAAGUUAUUAUAGCUCUGUCCAAUUAAGCUAGCUAGCUAGCUACUACAAGAUUAAGCCAUGGAGGAGGAGAAGAGGUUGGAAAGGAUUAUUAAGGAGAUUGACAGUCCAAUUAGCCCAGGAGGAGGAGCAGCUUUAUUAGCAGAAGAUGAUGAUCUGGUGUUUCCAGGGUUUCGAUUUCAUCCGACGGAUCAAGAGCUCGUGGGGUUUUAUCUGACAAGGAAGGUGGAGAAGAAGCCUUUCAGUAUUGACAUCAUCAAGGAGAUCGAUAUCUACAAGCAUGAUCCCUGGGAUCUUCCAAAGGUGAGCCAUGGCGCGGUGGCGCUGCAGGGCUCGUCGUCGUCGUCGUCGUUGUCGACGGCGGCGGCGGCGGAGAAGGAGUGCGGCUAUUUCUUCUGCCUUCGAGGGAGGAAGUACAGGAACAGCAUCCGCCCCAACCGCGUCACCGGCUCCGGCUUCUGGAAGGCCACCGGCAUCGACAAGCCAAUCUACUCUUCCUCACUCGCCGCCGCCGCCGCCGCCGCCGGUGCCGGCGACUGCAUUGGCCUCAAGAAGUCUCUCGUCUACUACCGCGGCAGCGCCGGUAAAGGCACCAAGACAGAUUGGAUGAUGCACGAGUUCCGACUCCCCUCCUCCAUCUCCGACUCCGAUCACCUCCAAGACGCAUCAGUAUGUCAGGAGACAUGGACGAUUUGCCGGAUCUUCAAGAGGAGCAUGACCUACACCAAGGGCAGGGCGGCGGCGGCAGCAGCAUCCAUGAACAAGCGAAUUAGCCAUGAGCUUCAGCACAUUCAUCAUCAUCAGCAGCAGCAAUUCUACUACCACGAGGUAGUCCAUGACGGCCAUGGCCACCACCAUCGUCGCCACCUGCAGCACUACGCCGGCAGCGCUUCCAUGGCAGCGGCGGCGGCCAACAUCGUCGACGUCAUCGAUCACUCGUCGGACGCCGAGACGACGACGAGGUCUCACUCUCACUCUCAGUCUCACCUCGUCGCUGACAUUCGUCAUCGUCAGUCGCCGUUCAUGCUCGACUUCCAUGCUGGGACGGCGUCGUCGUCGUCGUCGACGGCGGCGGGGUGGAGCGAGGUGAUGAGCUUCAGUAGGGAUGGCGGGAGCAGCAGCGGCAGUAGCUGGGACGAGCUGGGGAGGAUCAUGGAUAUCUCUACCAAUUCUGCUAAUAAUAAUUACUACUUGUAAUAAAUUAAUUAAUUGACGCAGAUCGAACAACUAUAUGUUAGCUAUAGCUUGCAUUACUUUGAUAUUAGUAUGAGUAACCAAACAUUUAAUGUAAAUUUAGUAUCUCUUGGUAUCUAAUAUCAAGAGAUACCAAUUUUACAGUAGAAAAAGUAAUACCUUAUGUUACCCUUCUCAAGAACUGUAAAAUUGCUCCAUUAGUAUGCUACUUAUACGUAUGUAACUUUGCUAGUCUCGGCUCAGUAUGUACAUAUGUAAUUAACUGUGUGUAUUACAUGUUAAUUAUAUAUAUGCAUGAGAAAAAGUUAGCAGCA